CUGCUUGCUCUGUAUAUACCAGUGACACUCAACUAAGACCAAGCCAUUAGUCUUUUUGUUUCCCCCUUUGAUGUCGUGCCAAAGCCAAUGCCAUUUUCAUGACACGAACUAUUGAUGAUUGAUGUCUAUCUCUCAUUUCUUGCACCAAUGUUCUCAAACUAAGAAUCUUAAUUCCCUCAAGAAACUUCAUGCACACCUACUUAGAACAGGCUUACUAUUUCUCUCCCUUGGCCUCCACACCCAACUCAUUUUCACAUACAGUACGUGCGUUCCCAGAACCCACCUUCAAACUCUCACCAACUUCUUCACCUUCAUCAACCCAACAAACCCAUUAUCCUUUAAUGCUUUGAUAUCUGAUCUUCGUCGAAGAGGGUGGCCUUUUCUCGCUCUACAAACCUUUGCCUUCACCCACAUCAAUGGGGUUGAUAUAGACUCAUACGCUCUGUGUAGCACGUUAACGGCUUCCUCUGAUAUCAAAGCUGUUGAAUUUGGUAAACAGUUGCAUACCCGUGUGAUCAAAUCGGGUUGGUCAUCUAGUGUGUUUGUGGGGAGUGCCCUGAUUGAUUUUUACGCGAAAUUGUUGCUUAUCGGUGAUGCAGCGGAACUGUUCGAUGAAAUGCCUUUUAGAAACUCAGUAUGUGCAAAUGCACUUUUGUCAGGUUAUGCUGAGGCUGAAUUGUGGGGUGAGGGAUUUGAACUUAUUCGAAAGAUGCCAAUGUUGAACUUGAAUUAUGAUAACUUCACUUUAUCGGCUACUUUACGUGCAUGUGCUGGACUAUAUGCAAUCGAAUUGGGUGGACAGGUGCAUGCAAAAAUCAUUCGUAUGGUUCCCAAUGUGGGAGGUGAUGUCUUUUUGCAGAGUUCGUUGAUUGAAAUGUAUGGUAAGUGUGGGCUGGUACAGAAAGCUAAGCAGGUCUUUAGUAUGGCGGGGUUUGGACCGGAGGGAGAGAGGAAGAGGGAUGUUAUUCUGUGGACUUCAAUGCUCAGUGUAUACGGCAGAAAUGGGCAUUUUAAAGAAGUGGUUAGAUUGUACAAAGAAAUGCUGAUGGAGGGGAUCAAACCAGAUGGGGUGGCAUUUGUGACUGUCAUCUCUGCUUGUGGUCACACAGGCCAAGUGAAUCUCGGGAUCGAGUAUUUUGAAUCUAUGGUUUCUGAUUUUGGAUUGGAUCCAACUCCGGAGCACUAUAGUUGCCUAAUUGAUUUGCUCUGUCGAGCUGGUGAGUUGGAAAAGGCAUGGAAGGUGGUAAAUGAGAUGCCAUAUAGAGCAAAUGGUUGUUACACGGUUUCUAUGUGGGGAUCCCUGCUUAGCGCCUGCUACGAAUGUGGGAAUGUCGAUUUGGCUAAAUUGGCCGCUCAAAGGGCCCUGGAAUUGGAUCGUCAAAAUGAAGGGAUUUAUGUUUUGCUAUCGAACAUGUAUGCGAAAUACGGCAUGUGGAAUGAGAUUGAGCAAUUGAGGGAGGAGAUGAAAGAAAGAGGGCUGGAGAAAGAUGUUGGUUGUAGUCGGAUAGAGGUCGCGAGUUAAAUUGGUAUAGCUUGACCGACUUUGCUUAUGCAUAAGCAAUGCUAAUAUGCUAUAUCCUUGCUCAAUUCUAUUACCAACUCACCAAAUCCGUCAUUCAUCCUAAUCAUUUGUGCUCCACUGAAGUUGAUAAUGAACCAACAAUGGUUUUUCCUUUCCAAGAAUGAAGGAAGUGAAGGAAAUGGAAGAUUUCAAAUGCUGGAAUGAUGCCAUGAGCUGCUCUAGCAAAGAGAGCAUCACUCGAGUUCAAUCAGCAAAUAAUUGGUACGAUGGAUUCACAUUUUCCUUGCUUUAAAUCUGUUUUACUUCCAAUGUCUUUUGGAUUUGAUGUGCCUUAGCUCAUCAAGAAUAUAAAACACCUUGUUUAACGAGUUUGUAUAGUCUGAUUGGGCCUUAAAAGCUCUCAUUUCAAUCCGUUGACAUAAUUUCUCAUAUUACAAUAUUGGUGAUGAGUAUUCGGGGAUUAGUUUUA